AAUCGUGUUUCACCCGAGAUGAAAUACCAAACGGACCGGUACUCACGUUGGUUGAGGGUCAAAUGUUUUGAGGAUGUGCUUGUAGUUUCAUCGAAAUGUCAAGUUUCUCCAGAUCUGCCCAGCAAUGGGCGACCUUCGCUCGUUCUUGGUUCGUGAUCGAUGCCAGGAUGCAGCCUCCUGGGAAGAUUGCCACCAUGUGUUCUAUUAGAUUACAGGGCAAACACAAGCCUAUCUACCACGCACUGAGUGACUGUGGUGACCACGUCGUAGUAAUAAACAGCAAAGAAAUCGCUUUCUCUGGAAACAAAUGGGAGCAGAAAGUCUACUCAUCACACACAGGGUAUCCAGGUGGAUUCAAACAGGUCACAGCAGCUCAACUGCACCAGAAAGACCCAAAAGCUAUUGUGAAGUUAGCGGUUUACGGCAUGCUGCCAAAGAAUCUGCACCGCCGCACCAUGAUGCAGCGAUUACACAUCUUUCCUAAUGAUGAGCUGCCAGACGACAUCCGAGCCAACCUGACGGAGGAGCUGCGACAGCCCAGGGACAUCCCCAGGAAACUCAGCGAGUACACACAGGAGGAGAUAGAUGCCUUCCCCAAGCUGUGGACCCCACCCGAAGACUACAAGAUGAAAUGAAAUCAAGGCUGCCCGAUGUGACCAGAGAUUAAAAGUUUUUUCUUCUUCACAUUAACACUGAAAGCAGCAGCAGCAUCGUCGAUCAUAUUUCUAGUUAUGAUGCUAAAGCUCAGAGGCCUCUUAUUGGAUUUGGCCCGAGAUGUUAUCUGUAAUAAAACACAAAACUGA